UUCAUUCUGGUCACAUAUUGCUACCGUGACUUCUCUACUGCGCAUGUGCAGCUCCUUUGUGGUCGGAGCGGAAGUAGGUUGACGCGGCUCCGCGGCUUCCUGUCACCCCGGUCAAAGGGAGGCGAACAGGCAAUGGAACAUGGAUUGUAUUCCAGUAACUAUUGAUGAUCUUGAGGGCAAAAAGGACCCCGUUAUUGAAGACUCCGAGCACAAUGUGUACACCAGGUUUAUGAAGUCUCAUCGCUGCUAUGAUCUUGUACCUACCAGCUCCAAGCUAGUUGUGUUUGACACAUCACUUCAGGUGAAGAAGGCUUUCUUUGCUCUGGUGUCUAAUGGGGUGAGAGCAGCGCCUCUGUGGGACAGUAAGAAACAAUGCUUUGUUGGGAUGCUCACCAUCACAGACUUCAUUAACAUCCUGCAUCGCUACUACAAGUCACCAUUGGUUCAGAUUUAUGAAUUAGAAGAACACAAGAUUGAAACAUGGAGAGAACUGUACCUUCAAGACUCCUUCAAACCUCUGGUCAGCAUUUCUCCUAAUGCGAGUUUGUAUGAUGCGGUAUCGUCUCUGCUGAGGAACAAGAUUCACAGACUGCCGGUCAUCGACCCGCUGACGGGGAACACGCUGUACAUACUCACGCACAAGAGGAUCCUCAAGUUCUUGAAGCUUUUUAUAUCCGAGAUGCCCAGACCCUCAUUCCUGAGUAAAACUUUGGAGGAGUUGAAUAUCGGCACGUUCAAAAACAUAGCCAUGGUGCGUAAAGACACGCCUGUGUACACAGCUCUGGGUAUUUUCGUUGAGCAGCGUGUGUCUGCGCUCCCCGUCGUGGAUGAAAAAGGUCGAGUGGUGGACAUAUACUCUAAAUUUGACGUCAUAAACCUGGCUGCAGAAAAGACUUACAACAACCUGGAUGUGACUGUGACCAAAGCCCUGCAGCAUCGCUCCCAGUACUUUGAGGGGGUGCUGACCUGCAACAGGCACGAGUCUCUGGAGGCCAUCAUCAACAGACUGGUGGAGGCCGAGGUGCACAGACUAGUGGUGGUGGACGAACUGGAAGUGGUUAAGGGAAUCGUCUCUCUGUCAGAUAUCCUCCAAGCUCUAGUUCUCACUGAUAAAGACGAGUGCUCAGCUUAAGAUCGUGCGAUUUCUGAAGAGACCAGAGCAAAGGGGGAGAAAGACGCAUGUGAGAAGGCUAAAUUAAGAUGUCAAAUGUUUCAUCACACGUUAGGGCUUUUCCUUCUGCAGAAACAUCAGGUUGAUCAAGGUUGAUGAUGUCAUGAUAGUAAUCAUAGUAGCAGAGGAAAUGGGCGAGCCUAACAUCCAGCACACGCUGCACUACAUGAGGUUGAACUGAGCACUACAUCGGUCAAAAGAGCUGUCAGAUGCUAAUGCUAACGCUAACAUCUGCCUCCCAUUCCAAGUUUCUUCUAAGCAAAGCUUUCCCUUAUUAUUGAGAAUUGUGAACAUUUUUACAGAAACACAUUUUACAGUCCUUCAGUUAAAACCACUUGAAUGUUGCCAACAUGAUAAAGUAGCUCACAUUAAAAAUGAGAGCUGCAAGACUGGGACCACCAUGGCUCCAAAAACAAUAAUCAAUAAUAAACAAUAAUGUUAUCAAUAAUCACAUUGUUAGAUUUGAUUAUGUAAUUACAGUAUUCCAUUCUCGUUAAUAAAGUAGUAGAAUCAAAGCAUUUGACGCCAAAAUGAAAAACAAACCCAUGCUCCUGCAAAACCCCAAAUACUGCGAAUAUUCAGAAUUCUCAAAUUCUGAGAGAUCAAACCAGUGAGGGAAGGAGUGAACAAAGUGAACAGCCAGGUGGAGAUGUCAAAGCACAAUUUACCUUUGAAGAAAAUCGGGUCACUUUAAAUGAAUCCACCUGCUGCUCAAAGAACAUAUCAAAGGAUGUUUCUGUUACUCUGACAGACGAUUGAAUUAGAUUCCAGAAAAUCUGAAGUUUUUGCUCAUAUAUAUUCAAUUAUUUAGUUUUUUCCCUUCAUUUCACUUGAUUGGAAGUUUUUUUUUCUAAUUUUAUUAAAAAUGACUCAUUAGUGACUCAUACAUGUAUUAAUCCUUUAUCUUAAUGUUUGUUUGACUUUAUGAUUGAUUAUCUUAAAAAGACUGUUGCAGCUUUUAAAAGCAGCUUCAGUCACAGAUGAUUUUUUUCUCCAGUAAAUCUUAUUUCAUUCAUGAAUUUAGAAGAGUUCAUGACCCUCAACAGCAGCACUAAUGCGUCUACUCUUGGAGUGACACUGUAGGAAUUUAAAACCAGCAGAAGAAAAGUUUUCCUCUAGUAAUCCAACUAUUCUGUGUAGCAUCAACGACGGUAUUUCUCAGAAUAUUUCCCAAACAUUUGAUUUGUGACUUCUUUUUUCUUAGCAUCUUUAAUCUAAUCAUUUUUUGUCAUUAUCUUGUAAAACUACAUGUUUAAUGAAACAUUUGUCGUCUGUUUUGCUUUUAUUUGUUUGGAUUUAUGUAUUUAUAUUGUGAACACUUUUUCCAUCGUUGCUUCAAAAUGUUUGUGUAAAACAUCUUUUUGGUCAAACAAAGAUUUUGUCAAUCAAGAAUCUUUAAAAAUCAAAACUUUAGAUAUUACAGGUUAUUUUUUUUUCUGUUUAUGGCAAAAUAAUCCAAAGUCACCACAGACCAGCGUGUCCUGUCAUUUAUUGUUGUCAUGUAUUUAAGAAGGAAUGCAAACGACUCUGUAAAUGCAUAGAUUUUGUUUUUAUCCACACUGACGUUAUAAUUUAAAAGCAAUAAAGAGUUAUUCAUUAGCCUCCUUUAAAGUGACAAUAUCUUUAAA